AUGGGCACCGACGCAGCUCAGCAUUGCGCGGUGCUCGACGCGAUCCGAAGCACCGCUGCAGCCGCAGAGGCUGGUGCGGCGGCUUAUGCCAGCUCGGCCACGAGCAAUGAGUUGGAGGAGAAGUUGCGGUCACGGACCAAGGAGCUCGCUUCAGAGCAGCGCUCUGCGAGCGCUGUGAAGAGGGUGCUCGCGUCGGCGCAGGAUGAGCUUGCUGCGGCACAAGAGCUGAGGCGCUCCGACUGCGACAACCUGAGGACAGCCCAGCAGGCUGCUAAACGCAACAUCAAAGCGGCCGAGCGGAUGGCCGACGAGGCAAAACACGCGGCUCGAGCUGAGUGCGAGUGGCGUCUCGGCGAGAUGCGGGCCAAGGUGCAGGCUGAGCUGCGCGAGCAGCUCGACCCGCUGCAGAUUUCGAUGGAGGCAGAGGCGAGGCGCGCUGAUGCCGCAGAGGCGGAGAGGUCAAGGCUGCACAACAAGAUGGAGGGGAUUACGCACACGCGCCAACUCCGGAUAAACCCUGGUAUACCUGCAAAAGUCCAGGUUUACCCGAAAAAUACCUGGACGCGUCCCACAUAUGCCGCGCACGCCUACUCCCAGGGCCAGUGCGCUACUUGCGGCGCGCACCGCCUGCUCAAGUACCCGCAUCGUACCAUGUGCUGCCGCUACGCGUGCCAGAACGCGGCUGCGGCGCAGCGGCGAGCGCGGCUUGCCGAUGGCGGUGCGGACGAUGCGGUCGUGCCGGCGUUCUGCUACAAGAUCAAGGCGGUGCUUGGCAAGCGCUUCUGCGAUCCCGAUCAGCUCAUCGCAAAGAAGCGGCGCAACAAGCUGGCUGCUGCCGACAAGGCCCUGUAA